AUGGCUCCCACUGGAAAAGAAUCUGCAGUUAUCAAUCUUGAGUCAGCAUGCUCCAAUUUGAAAGAUCUCCUUCAAGCUUCCAAGAAACUGGAAGAUAGUCUUGCAAAGAUGGGCACAAGGUUCAAUGUUACAGAAGCAACUCUAUCCACAGUAUCCAAAAGCGUGGCCCCUUUACAGACUUUGGCCAUGUCCACCAAAGCCCUUGAUACAAGAAUCAACAGAGCUAUUUCUCCUGCAGUUGGACUCCUUGACAGCUUCAAGUUCUACGAGUCCCUCCAACAGAAGCUUCUUGAUCUCUCAUCCAUCCUGUCAGAGAAGACACCGCAAAAACGUCUCCAGAAUCUUCUCGAUUACACGGAUUGUGUUGAUCAGCUUAAUGAGGCUAUCAGUUCCAUAAGUCAAGAUGGUGAACUAGUCAUUCAGAAGCUUCAAGAGGUGGUUGAAUUUAUAAGCCGAACAAAGGCGGCAGAUCAAUACAUGACACAGAGGUUAAGGGAGACUCUAAUCACUCUCAAGGCGCUCUAUGAAACAGAGGUUGAUGCCAUGAGGUUUGAAGGUUUGCUGGACCAGGCGUUACUUCAUAUGCAAGAUGAAUUGGAGAGCAUAUUGCUGCAAAUAAAGCAUCAUAACGUCGGGGAAUAUGACACCGUCGUUGACUCUGACUUAGGCUCAGAGCUGGAAAUUGAAGUGCUGAGACGAAUUUCAGAUACUUUAGCUGCCAAUGAUUGCUUGGAUAUAUGCAUUGACAUCUACGUUAAGGUGAGAUAUAGAAGGGCUGCCAAGGCAUUAAUGAGGUUGAACCCAGAUUACUUGAGAACAUAUACUCCAGAAGGAAUAGAUGAAAUGGAAUGGGAGAGCUUAGAAAUGGCAAUAACCCUUUGGAUACAGCACUUUGAAGUUGCUAUUAAGAAAGUACUACUCUCUGAAAAGAAGCUUUGCUGCAGAGUUUUGGGUAAAAUCAUGGCUGGACUAGUAUGGCCCGAAUGCUUCGCCAAAAUAGCUGACAAAAUAAUGGCCGUGUUCUUUCGCUUCGGAGAAAGUGUAGCCAGAAGCAGCAAAGAGCCACAAAAGUUGUUCAAGCUGUUGGAUAUGUUUGAGACUUUAGAUAAACUCAAACCCGAAUUCUCGGAUAUUUUCGACGGCGAAGCUGGAAUGGAUUUCUGCACAAGGUUCAGAGAGCUCGAGAAGCUUAUAAUCGAUGCGUCAAGCAAAGUAUUUUGGGAAUUUGGGCUGCAAAUAGAAGGGAAUGCAGAUGGCAUUCCACCUCCACGAAAUGGCUCUGUUCCGAAACUAGUACGGUAUGCCAUUAAUUACCUGAAAUACCUCGCAACGAAGAAUUACAGAGAAUCUAUGGGAAAUGUUCUAGAAACAGAGCAGGUUUGGAAAGCUGGGAUCUUGUCAAAACCUGAUGCAGGCGAGAAUUUACUAAAGGAAGCCGUUUUUAACAUCAUGGAUGCCCUUCAAAGAAACAUGGAGUCUAAACGCUCUCGUUGCAGAGACAAAACUUUAAUCUAUAUAUUCACAAUGAAUACGUACUGGUACAUAUAUAUGAGGGCGAGGAACUCAGAGCUUGGUGAGCUAUUGGGUGAUCAAUAUUUGAAAAGGAAGUACAAAGCAGUUGCAGAGGAAUCGGCCUACUUGUAUCAGAUGCAAGCUUGGGGAGUUCUAGUAAGGAUCUUGGAUAUGGAGGAAGUGGAUACAAUAGGGAAGAACAUCAUUGUAGGUAUAGUGACCGAAAAAAUUGAAACCUUCUUAAAGUGUGUGAAUGAUACUUGUCAAAAGCACAAAGAGUGUUACAACAUACCAGACGAAGAUUUGAGGGAACAGAUAAAAGAAGCAAGCUUGAAGCUUGUGGUAGAAGCAUACACAGAGUUCCUGGAUUCAUGCUCAGGAUUAUUGCAAAGGAAAUCGUAUCCGAGUCCUGAGAGGUUGCAAGCUUUGGUUGGUCGAGCUUUUAAUGGCGGUGAAGUGAAGUUGAAGCGACGGACUUUCACAGAUCAAAUGGCCGGUCGUUCUGCUACGUCUCUGGAGGGAGAGAUAAAAGAUUUUCAGCAAUCUAGAUCGAAGAGUAGCGAUGUCUGAGUAUUUCUCUUUAGUAAUUGAAAUACCAAAUGGAAUUAAAAUAUGUAGCUCAAUCAAUGCAUAAAAUUUUAAUGUAUCUGUUCAAUUGGCCCCCAAAUGGCACACCAUCAACUGUCUUCACACGGGGGUUGCUUUUAUUUCCACUUUCUUGCCAG